AAGGUAUUUUGUAGAAAGUUUUCUAUUUGCCCUGAAAUGGUACAACUUGCCAGACUGGGAAUUUCUGCUUGUGUAAGGUGGCAGCACUUGUAAAACAAGUAAAAAUGGACGUAGAAAAGUCAAGUAGCAGCUCUUUUGAGGACCUAACCAAUGCCGAGGACACGAAGGACAUACGUGCAGCACAGGUGGCCACAAGUGUCGCCGAUUCACUAGCUGAAACUGCGGCGGCAAUCAAAAAAAAUGUUGACGAUAACGAUGACAACGCAAAGACGCAAGAAGUAAAAGUUGAAGAUGAUGACGAGGAAGCAGAAGCGGAAGAGGGAGAGUGCGAGGGAGAGGAGGAGAUUGAGUGUGAUAUCUUGGGCAAUAAACAGCUGAUAAAGCGCAUCAUUAAAAAGGCACCCGUCAGUGCACAGCGUCCUAAUCGCGGUGAUUUGGUCACCAUCACAUUCACCGGUAAACUGGAAGAUGGCACCAUUGUGGAAAAGGAGGAGAACUUCCAAUGCCACGUAGGUGAUUAUGAGGUGAUUCAGGGAUUGGACAUGGUGCUGCCAAUGAUGCAUGUGGGCGAACUGGCGCAAAUUUCAGUUGAUCCCCGUUUCGGUUAUGGUGCUCUGGGCCUUAAAAAGGAAAAUACUACUGAAACCAUCGUAGCACCAAAUGCUCAUCUUAUCUACGAUGUGGAACUGUUGGAUGUCAAGUACGAAGACUUUAAAGAUCUAAAGUCAUUCGAUAUACUACGCAAAUAUGGUGCUCGAAAAAAAGAACGCGCCAAUUACUUUUACAAACGUGUGGAAUACAAUAAUGCUAUACAUCUCUACAGACGCGCCCUGGAUUACUUGGAUAAUCGCGAUGGUGAUCCGGAUGCCGAGUUUGACAAAGAAGAUUUAAAGUUAAGCAACAGUGAUUUGCAAACUCUUUUGGAGGAUCGUCUCAUUGUCUAUAAUAAUCUGGCUAUGGCCCAAAUCAAAAUUGGCGCCUUUGACGUCGCGCUUCAAUCUGUGGAGCAUGUGCUGCGGUGCCAACCCAACAAUCCAAAAGCAUUAUAUCGCAAGGGCAGAGUGCUCGAGGGCAAGGCAGAUACGCAGGGUGCUAUUAAGCUAUUGCAGAAGGUGGCCACAUUGGAACCAGACAACCGCGCUGUUCAAUCCGAUCUGGCACGACUUUUUAUUAAAGCUCGACGCGAGGAACACAACGAAAAGGAAAUGUAUCAGAAAAUGUUGGGACAGGCCAAGAAAAUGGAACAAACAACAGCUGUUAGGCAAAAAACGCCGUUGGUGGAUAACUCCAAGCUAAAGCUUCUUGGCUUCUUAAUGGGUACCAUAUUAAUUGGUGUCGCUGGCGUUGCUAUUUAUCGUUAUAAGUACUGAAGAAAAAAAACAUAAAUAUUGUAAUUGGAUCUACUGAGAGUACUUUAAGCAAUUUAAAUGCAUUUUUGAAAAUGGUACACAUACAUAAAACGAAAUUAUUAAUGUUGGAAACGGAAA